AACAUGUAUUAUUUCAGGAGGCAACAGGACAGUCGAUAUCAAGCCUUGUGUCAUGGCGGAAUGUCACACACUGAAACUCCACAUUGAACGUAGCGCAGUAGAAUCCUGUAACAUGAUGUAUUGCAACAGAACAAAGUGUCAGCAAAUCAAAUGUCCCAAAACAACAAAGUUAUCGAAAUCAACACGUCGAACAAUCGAAGAUACGCAACUUCAUCCUGAUAGACGUAACUGCACUGUAUUUUCUCUUUCUUCUGCGAGAAAAAUGGGAAUAGUUGGAGGACAUUGGAUACCGACAGAAUGCAAACCUACACGUCGUGUUGCCAUCAUUAUACCAUAUAGAGAUAGAGAGGAACAUCUUUGCAUUCUUCUUAAGAAUCUUAUCCCUAUUCUGAUGGCUCAACAAACAGAAUUUAGAAUUUUUGUAAUUGAACAGACAGGAAAUACAACUUUUAACAAAGGAAGACUUAUGAAUGCCGGGUUUCUCGAAGCAGGGAAAUUAUUUGACUUUAAUUGUGUAUUCUUCCAUGACGUUGACCUUAUUCCAGAAAAUGACAGGAAUCUCUAUUACUGUGGGGAUCAACCACGCCAUCUAUCGGUGGCAAUCGAUGAAGAUGGUUACAAGUUGGUGUACAGCUGGUUAGUGGGUGGAGUGUUAGGGUUUAGACCACACAUUUUCCGUAAAGUUAACGGAUAUUCCAACAUGUUUUGGGGCUGGGGAGGGGAAGACGACGAUAUGUACUACAGAAUGACUCAUUUAAAAUUCCGUGUGAUACGACCUCCAGCAUCUGUCGCUAGAUAUACAAUGCUUCGUCACAGGAAGCGGGAACGAUUGCUGAAAAGAUUUGAUGUCCUUAAAACGUGGAAAAUCAGGAUGAAGACUGAUGGACUGAGAAAUGUUCCCUACAAACUUAUAUCUACUCAAAUUUACACAUACUAUACUAAAAUUAGAGUUGAUGUCGGUAAAUCAGAUGACUUUAUGAAAGCAGCUCAAGUAACGUUAAAAACACAAAGUCUUUUAUAAAGAUUUAAACCUCAGUGGCGGAUUUAAGGGGGAGCGCACCCGGCGCCCCCCCCCCCUAAAAUUGUCAAAGUUAUAUUAGCGUAAAUUAUAGUUUCAUCGAGAAAAUGUAAAAAUUUCUACUUGGUAGACCUCCUUUUUACCCUACAAAAUCUCUAGAAUCCAGGAGCUUGCGGGGGCUUCGCCCCCUGGACCCCCACCAGGGCUUUGCCCUGGAC